AUGAUAGGUGCAAUAGUGAGUGGCAAAAUAGCAGAUUGCAUAGGUAGAAGAGGCACAAUGGGCUUUUCAGAGAUAUUUUGUCUGGCAGGGUGGCUUGCCAUAGCAUUCUCAAAGGUUUUGAAUCCUAUCUAUUUGCUUUUUGCAGUUCCAAACAUUCAUGUUGAUGUUACAUACAUAAUAACCUCUAACAUUACCUGA